AUGUCAUAAAAACAAGGAAGAAACGGAACUUAAAAAGACUAAAACAAUAGCAACAUCAAUGGAGAGAAGGUUGAUUCAUUCAAUAGCAGAAAUAACUCUAAAAUUAGCAAUAAUAUUAGCAGAGGAAGUAAAAAUGAAGAUGACAAUAACUCCAAAGCAGGAAAACCUAAGGUUAUAUUAGAUAGAAGUUAGCUCAUGGAUAAUAUGCUAUUUCCUGAGAAUUGUGCUUCCCUUGUAAUAGUUCCCUCAAAUAAGGAGGGAACUGGAUUCUUGAAUCACUGUUAUGAUGAAAGAUUUCUGAAAGAGUAUAUUGCUGAGAAAGAAUUUAAUGCCAUUGUGAUGAUUGCCAGUAAGCUAGCAGCUAAAUGCUAUUCAAAAAAGAAAUUGCUAGAUAAGAAAGGAGUAGAUAGAAGUAUGAAGCUUAUUUUAAUAAUUGCUACUCUAUUAGCAAUUGUUUCUCUCUAUACAGUUCUUGAAGGAUUCGUAGGAGGAGAGGAUAAGACACUAUUAUACUUUUCUCAUGUUUUAAUUGCACCUUCACUUAUAAGUGUAUUUGUAGUGUCCAUUGUAAAUUGGAAGCAAAAAGUAGUAAAGCCUGUUACUUUCAAUGAAAUGGUGAAGAAAGACAUGGAUGAAUUCUUCUCAAAAAUAAACCCUGAGUUUAAACACUAGGGUAUUGAGUGGGCCACGAUUGAAGGGCAUUAUUGGCUAGAAAUUAGAUUAUCUCCUUAAAAGAAAUAAGGCUCAUUAUAAUAAAAUUUACAAAGAAACCUCUCUAAGAAACUCAAAAAGAUUCUUAUGAGUGCUGAUAUCUAGGUUUCUGAAAAGAUCAUAAAUACUCUUUAGCAGAAUGAUCAAUUAGGGGAAAAUGAGGAGAUUCAUAAUCAAUAAGAUUAAAUUGGCUAACAAGAAAAUAAUAGUAAUCGCAACUUAAGUAGUAGAAAUAAAUAUGAGGUAGAUGACUAAUAAAUAGAUACUGAAUAAUAAUAGUUGGUAGAGGAUAAUGAUCAAUUCGAUCCAAACUAUAUGUAAAAUUGA